AUAUCGAGCAUAGUGUUCAAGAUGGAGAGCCAGAAUGGCGGUGGAGUGUCGGUUUCAGUUUUUCCGACGUUUCAACACAUGACGACGGAGUCGAAAAGCGAGACAGGAGGAGUUCACGAGGAUGGGGAUAAAACCAAAAGAGCCGAAGGGAAAGUAGAGAUUCCAUUGGUGGAGAGAUCGUUCAUGGGCAAGGCGAUCGCCUUCUUCUUCUCCGAAUUCUUCGCCACUUUCAUCCUGGUGUUCCUGGGUUGCAUGGGUUGCGUUUCGAUUUCCGGCGAGCCGAUUCCCCACUCGCAAAUCUCGUUCACAUUCGGCUUAGCCGUUCUGAUCUCCGUCACCUGCUUCGCCCAUUUGUCCGGUUCCCAUUUGAAUCCGAUCGUGACUGUGGCCGCCGUGAUCGUCGGUCACACUCCCAUCGCCAUUUCGCCCGUUUACAUCCUUGGUCAGAUGUUCGGAGCUAUCGGAGGUUUCGGAGCUUUGAUGAUGUCAACUCCAUCUCAUCUGAUGGGCAACGACAAGAUGAUCAACGAUUCCGUGUUGGGAAGCGUCAAGGUGCCGGGUGUCUGCUCUCCGGGAAUCAACGCCGGUUUGACGGUGUUCCAAGGUUUCUGCGUGGAAUUCAUCACCAGUGCCAUUUUGGCGUGGGUGUGUUGCGCCGUCUGGGAUCGCAAAAACAAUGACAAGCACGACUCGGUCGCCGUGCGUUUUGGCCUCACCAUCGUCGCCUUGGCAAUGGCUGCAGGUGCUUACACUGGUGCCAACAUGAACCCAGCCAGGAGUUUCGCCCCAGCUUUGUUCAACGGAGAUUGGUCCAAUCACUGGGUAUAUUGGGUUGCACCGACGCUCGGAGCAAUUGUCGCGGCCGUCUUCUACAGAUUCGUGUUCCAAACAUCGACACCAAAGGACGAUCAACCAGAGGCGAUACCUUUGCGUUAAUCUGUAGUAUUAUAUACACUGUACAUACAAAGAAGAUCUUUAUCCCAUUUAUUAACCUCUCCUCUCAAGACUCACCAAAAGAAACAAAACAAUUUUAUUCUCAAAUCCUUUCUUUUUUUUUAUAAAUUUAGAAAAUGAACAAACUUUAUGAGCGAAUGAACAUGUGUCGUCUCAAAUGAUGCCAAUUUCUAAUAUUGUUGUUGAUGAUGUUGUUU